CUGCUUCUGCUUCUGCUUCUGGUUAUAUAUACACUGCACACUCUGCCCCUUCCAUUCCCACUAACCCACUUCCCAUUCCUUCGAAUUCUUCAAACCCAUUUCCCGCCAUUGGAAGAGCAACCCACAAUCAAGAAGAAAGGAAGCCAUUAUUAUGGAAGGUGGAGCCGGCGGUGGUGAUAAGGCGGUGGAGACGGUGAUCGCAGGGAAUUAUGUAGAGAUGGAGAGCGAAGGCAAAGUCAGAGACGUGAAAAGCAGAGUCUCCAACUUCCUGUGGCACGGCGGCUCUGUUUACGACGCCUGGUUCAGCUGCGCUUCGAAUCAGGUGGCUCAAGUGCUACUGACCCUGCCCUACUCCUUUUCCCAGCUUGGGAUGCUGUCCGGGAUUAUGUUCCAGCUUUUCUACGGCUUGCUGGGGAGCUGGACGGCGUAUCUAAUCAGUGUUCUCUACGUUGAGUACAGAACCAGAAAGGAAAGGGAGAAGAAGGCGGAUUUCAGAAACCAUGUCAUCCAAUGGUUUGAAGUCCUUGAUGGGCUGUUGGGGAAGCACUGGAGGAACGUGGGUUUGGCGUUUAACUGCACGUUUCUUCUGUUUGGAUCUGUCAUUCAGCUCAUAGCCUGUGCUAGUAACAUAUAUUACAUAAAUGACAAUCUGGACAAGAGGACAUGGACAUACAUAUUCGGAGCCUGCUGCGCCACAACUGUGUUUAUUCCAUCCUUCCACAAUUACAGAAUCUGGUCUUUUCUUGGCCUUGUUAUGACCACCUACACUGCUUGGUACCUCACCAUCGCUUCCAUCCUCCAUGGCCCUAUGGAGGGAGUGAAGCACUCGGGGCCAACGAAGAUGGUGCUGUAUUUCACAGGGGCCACCAACAUUCUCUACACAUUCGGAGGACAUGCUGUUACUGUGGAGAUUAUGCAUGCGAUGUGGAAGCCUCAGAAGUUCAAAUCCAUCUACCUGCUGGCCACUCUUUACGUUCUGACACUCACACUCCCUUCUGCCUCUGCCGUCUACUGGGCCUUCGGCGACGCCCUUCUCAACCACUCCAACGCCUUCUCCCUCCUCCCCAAAUCCCCGUUCAGGGACAUGGCCGUCGUCCUCAUGCUCAUCCACCAGUUCAUUACUUUUGGGUUUGCUUGCACGCCGCUCUACUUCGUGUGGGAGAAAGCUAUCGGGCUACAUGAAUGCAAGAGCAUGUGCAAGAGAGCGGCGGCGAGGCUGCCGGUGGUGAUUCCGAUAUGGUUCCUGGCCAUCAUUUUCCCUUUCUUCGGACCCAUCAACUCCGCCGUUGGAUCACUGCUUGUUAGCUUCACUGUCUAUAUCAUUCCUGCUCUGGCCCACAUCUUCACCUUCAAAUCCGCCGCUGCCCGUGAGGUAAUGCAUAUUCUAAUAACCCCGCAGAACGCGGUGGAGCAGCCGCCCAAGUGGUUCGGGAGAUGGGUCGGGGCGUACGUGAUCAACAUAUUUGUGGUGGUUUGGGUUCUGAUAGUCGGGUUCGGGUUCGGCGGUUGGGCCAGCGUGACCAAUUUCGUCCGCCAGAUUGACACGUUUGGUCUCUUCACCAAGUGCUACCAGUGCCCGCCGCCGCUACCUCUGGCUGGCCACCUCAACGCCACCGCGGCGGGAGCGGCUCCGCCGAUGUACCACGGCGGCCACAGCAACCACACCCACAACCUCUAGACGGCGUCCGGCGAGAGUUGAUUUGUUUAGCUAGAGAAUUAGUUGAGUUGGGGGAAAGAAUGUGAUACAUGCAAUGUUCUCGUGAAGAUCAAUCUGUCUCAUCUUUGUUGCUCUCUGUAUCUUUGAUCAUCCAUCCAUCGUCCUUUGAGAGAUGUUGUUGUAUGUUCUUUUGUUUCAUAGAGGAAUUAGUUCCAAAAAGAAGGGAAGAAAAGAUGAAAGGUGUGGUGUAGGAAGCUCGUGGGAGGGGAAAGUUGGAUGCUGUAGUUUGUAAUGCUUUGUAGUUGAGCAAAUUAUGUGAAUGAGAUGCCAAAGUCUUUUGUGUUGUACUAGAAAUGCUCUAAGUUAAAUACUCCAUUCGAUCUAAUGUGUCUUUCUCUAUCAAAUUUAAUGGUAUUUGUUUGG